GUUCUAAUUUCCAGAAUCAUUAUUUACAAGUACAGAGGAACAACAAGUGCUGCAUCGGAAAUGAUGUUUGACCAAGAAAUGAAAUAUGUAACUCUCCAAGGCCAGUUUCAAUCUGCAUGAAACAACUAUAGCAUAUAAUGCCUGUAUCAGUUUUCUCUAUUUGUUUGUGUAAAUAUUUUGGAAUUUGUUACCUUUUAAAAAAAAUGUUUAUCUGUAUGCCGCCAGACCUUUAUGUAUCUUACAUCGACCAGUGGUUAUAUCUUGAGGAUAUUCUGACACUUGUGCAAAAACUGAUCUAUAAUGCCUCUCUUGUAUAGUUAAAGAAUUUUUGUGAUGUGCAAACUUACUUGCAUUUAUUUGGAAAAAUAGGAUCUUGCAGCAUCCAUUCAAAAAGGGAGUCUGGAUUGGGAGCGAGCUUUGCGUAUUCUAAAGCAUGCUCUUCGUAACAGUCCAUCACCAGACUGGUGGAGGCGUGUGCUUCUCGUGGCUCCCUGUCACAGGCUUCAUGCCCAGGCUCCAACUCCGGGUGCCGUUUUUACAUCAGAAAUGGUUUGCGAAGCAGCGAUUGAAAGAAUUGUUGAAUUAUUGAAGAAAUCAAUUGCUGGCAGGAGUGGCUUAUCUUCUCAGAUAUAUUCUUUUUUCUCGUGAAAAGUGGAUGCAUUGAUUUUGUGGAGUUUGUGGACAAGUUAGUAUUGCGACUUCAAGAGGGUGAUCAACAAAUACUUAGGACGAACCAUGUUACGUGGUUACUUGCACAAAUUAUUCGGGUUGAACUAGUGAUGAAUGCUUUAAAUACAGACUCAAGAAAGGUGGAGACAACCAGUAAAAUUCUUUCGUUCUAUAAAGAGGAGAAAAGCUCUGAUCCCAAUAAUCAUCAAAGUAUCCUACUUGAUUUCUUUAGCAGUUGUCAGAACUUGUGCAUUUGGACACUAAAUACAGCAACAAGAGAAUAUUUGAAUAAUGAGCAGCUACAAAAGGGAAAGCAAAUUGAUGAAUGGCGGAGACAGGUAAAUAAAGCAAUCAAUUGCUGGCAGGAGUGACUUAUCUUCUCAGAUAUAUUCUUUUUUCUCGUGAAAAGUGGAUGCGUUGAUUUUGUGGAGUUUUUGGACAAGUUAGUAUUGCGACUUCAAGAGGGUGAUCAACAAAUACUUAGGACGAACCAUGUUACGUGGUUACUUGCACAAAUUAUUCGGGUUGAACUAGUGAUGAAUGCUUUAAAUACAGACUCAAGAAAGGUGGAGACAACCAGAAAAAUUCUUUCAUUCCAUAAAGAGGAGAAAAGCUCUGAUCCCAGUAAUCAUCAAAGUAUCCUACUUGAUUUCUUUAGCAGUUGUCAAAACUUGUGCAUUUGGACACUAAAUAUUGCAACAAGAGAAUAUUUGAAUAAUGAGCAGCUACAAAAGGGAAAGCAAAUUGAUGAAUGGCGGAGACAGGUUGUGCCUAGCAUUGCUGUGGUUGAAACAUACUGUAGGUUGAUGCUCAUUUCUCCCCAUUCGUUGUUUCGCUCACUCUUAAUUGUAACUUCUCCUCUUUUCCCUCCUAAUAUUCCUUCUUUGGUAUUUAAUUCUCUAGCAUGUCACUACAUUUUCUCCGGAACUACAUUCAUUGCUUUAAACCAGUAAGCAAAAGAAACCUCCUGAGAAUGUCACUUUUGGUUAUGUGCCAAAUUUGCUAUAAUAUCUGCAUAAGUUACUUUUAUCAUGGUUCAAUACUAUUUUGCUUCAUAACAGUCUAAAAGGCAAAUGUUAUUGUUGAGUUACUCCACCAAAUAUAACUUAUGAAUUGGAUAGAGUCCUCUGAUUUCAGACAUCACACUCUAGGUUGAGAACAAGUAUUUAUGAACAAUCUGUUGCUUGCUCCUCUCACUGUGUCUCCAUUGAAAGCCUGAAGCAAAAUCUCAGAUGAGUAGCAUGGCCCUAACACAAUGAUUCUUUGUAUUUUAGGCCUUCAACUAGUUGGAUAUAUUAAAUUCAUCAAGGCAUAAAAUACCAUGAUUGGAUAGGCACAAAGCAUUCCUUGAUGGUAUUUACCAUUAUGAAAGGUGAUGGCUAGCAGUGUUUUUAAAAGCAAAAAGCACAAAAAAUUGACGAGAUAUCUAGGACUUUUAAAUGAAAAGUGAGAAGUGAACCGCAGAAUUUACGACACUAAAAGAAUACCAAACAUUUAUGAAUUCAGUACUAUAAUGAUUAACCUGCAAUUACAGUAACUAAUUUGGGUAUCUGAUUUACAAUAACAUUGGUAUUAAUCUUACUAUUCAAAGUUAAGAUUCAAAGAACAUUACUCCUUCUUAUAGAGAUCACCUUGCGUGUCGUUGUUUGAACUACAAAGUUCUAUGAAGCGCAUGGUUACAGUAAUGAAGCUGAGAAAUAUUAAAGGCCCCCAAGUUCUAGAAAUAUCCUUCUAGAACCUUCUUUAGCCAAAAAGAACCAGAUCUGUAGUAAAAGGUAAGCAGGUAAAAAUUACUGAGGGAGAAGAAGAAUGGAGUGGAGAAGAAGAAGAAGAGGAAUAUGAGAAGGAACAAGAUAGGUUUGCCAUCUUUGACAGAAGAAAUAUUUUGAAAGGAAGACUGCUGAGAGACCUGGAUGAGCCAGGAAUGAGAAGACUGGUGGAUGCCCUAGCUGCACAAGGUUGGAAGGACAUGGUCCUUGAAAUGGAUAGGAGGCUGGCUAGGAAAGAAUUGAUUGAGUUUAUGGCCAAUGCCACAGUAAAGAAUGGGGUAGUCACCAGUCUGGUGAAAGGAGUAAGGGUGCAGUUUGAUGCACUCAAAUUGGGUAAGAUUCUAGACAUACCUAGUGAGGAGUAUGAUGAUUAUACAAGGCAAAGGUGUCCAUGUCUAGAUUCUCUCCCUACUGCUCUUCAAAUCACUAGGAAUUUUUGUGAUGCCGCAACUGCUGAAGAUGUGCCUGAAGCCAGGUUUGUACAGAAAAGUGAGAUGAGGCCUGAGCACAAGGUCCUGUUUGAAUUUGUUAACAAGUGCCUGCUGCCCAGACAUGAGAGGAGGCACACUGCCAACUACAUGGACCUGGUUCUUAUGGAGUGCCUUGUGAGAGGAAUGCAGAUUAGUUGGCCUGCCUUUAUUGUCAAAUUACUAGACAGGGUCAUAAAUGGCUCCAAGGCUCAUGUCACCCCAUAUGGGUUCAUAUUGACUACUGUUCUGGACAGGCUGAAUGUGCCUUUGCAGAAAUGGGAGAUGGCAUCAAGCAAGGGAUACUUUGGCGUCAAGACUCUUUUGGCUUAUGACUAUCCUGUCAAUGCCACCCCAGUUGAACCUGGUUCAUCUCUUAAGAUACCUAUGAACAGCAAGGUUAAGGCUUUGGUUCGAGAGUGUGGAUCUAAGGAUGCUGAAAUUGCUAGGCUCUAGGCUCGUGUAGCUGAACUAGAAACUGAAAGAGAUGGCCUUAGAACUGAGCUAGCAAAAGAAAAGGAGAAGAGUGAUGGGAUGCUUCAGAAUAUGCUCAACCUUCUCCAAACCCAGCCCUCUAGUUCCUCCAAGCCUUAGGAUGUCCAGUUGUUGUCUUCUGAACCAGUCUAGUACCCCCAAUGACCCAGAUUAGGGACUUUUUCUGUUUUUUUGCUCAUGUUUUGGAAGUUUUUCUUUCUUUUUGUGGUUUGUUGGUGGAAACAUAUCUUAUCAAUGACAACUGCUAUUUCUCUUGUUCUAUGAAGAUUCUGAUCUGAAUAGUUUGAGUAAAUUUGUUGAUUAUUGAUGAUUUCAUCCAUGUUUUCACUUGCAGUUGCCCUAGUGGCCAUGAGUAAUUUCUAAAAUCUGGGAUUCACAAUGUAUGCAACUUUUCGAUGAUGCCAAAAGGGGGAAGAGAUAUUGUUCUUUACUCUUUAUUCUGAAUAAUGUGAUAUUUAUAACCUAACUAAACCUGGUCCUUGAUGAUAAGUUAAAAUUCUAAGUUAAUGUGUUGAUGGUCAAGCUGAGUUCCUACAGAUUCUUUGAUUAGUAAAAGCACAGAGUUUGUCAUCAUCAAAAAGGGGGAAUUUGUUGGCCCAAGUUCAGGUGAAGUUUUGAAGAAUGACAAAUGAACUCAGUCAUGGACCAGGUCCAUCAUGUGAGGCACAAUAUUUAUCAACCUAGACAUGUGAGAUACACGUGAAGGAGAUAAGUCUCAGUGAUCAAGCAGCAAUAUCUCCUGAACUGGUCGAAAAUGUUGCAUAUUGGAUGAGGAGAGAAAGUCUCUUUAUGGGAAGAGGACACAAUCCGGAUAAAGGAUAGGGUUGGAGUUUGUAUUGUACAA